AUAUUUGAAACUGUGGAAAAUGAGCCCGUUAACGUUGAAGAAUUAGCUUUCAAGUUUGCGGUCACCAAUAUUAACAGAAACAGAACACUGAUGCCUAAUACCACGUUAACUUAUGACAUCCAGAGAAUUAACCUUUUUGAUAGUUUUGAAGCCUCAAGACGAGCAUGUGACCAGCUUGCUCUUGGGGUCGCUGCACUGUUUGGACCAUCUCACAGCUCAUCUGUCAGUGCAGUACAAUCAAUUUGCAAUGCACUUGAAGUUCCACAUAUACAGACCCGAUGGAAACAUCCUACAGUGGAUAACAAAGAUUCAUUUUAUAUCAACCUCUACCCAGACUACGCAGCCAUCAGCAAGGCAGUUUUGGACUUGGUGCUAUAUAACAACUGGAAGAUAGUAACAGUCGUAUAUGAAGACAGUACGGGUCUAAUUCGCUUGCAAGAGCUCAUCAAAGCCCCUUCUAGGUACAACAUCAAAAUCAAAAUCCGCCAGCUGCCUGCAGGGAAUAAAGAUGCCCGGCCCUUACUCAAGGAGAUGAAGAAGGGCAAAGAGUUCUAUGUGAUAUUUGAUUGCUCACAUGAAACGGCAGCAGAAAUCCUUAAACAGAUUCUCUCCAUGGGUAUGAUGACAGAAUACUAUCACUACUUUUUUACAACCCUGGAUUUGUUUGCACUUGACCUGGAACCCUACAGAUAUAGUGGAGUCAACAUGACCGGGUUUCGCCUACUCAACAUUGACAAUCCACAAGUGGCAUCAAUUAUUGAGAAGUGGUCCAUGGAACGGCUACAGGCACCACCCAAGCCAGAGACUGGUCUCCUAGAUGGCAUGAUGACGACAGAAGCAGCUCUGAUGUAUGAUGCUGUUUACAUGGUAGCAGUGGCUUCCCAGCGUGCCUCUCAAAUGACUGUCAGCUCCCUGCAGUGUCACAGACAUAAGCCAUGGCGUUUUGGACCCAGAUUUAUGAACCUGAUAAAAGAGGCUAGAUGGGAUGGUUUGACAGGGCGCAUCACCUUCAACAAAACAGAUGGCUUAAGAAAGAAUUUUGAUUUGGACAUUAUUAGCCUCAAGGAGGAAGGAACAGAAAAGGCUGCUGGUGAAGUUACUGUUCAUUUAUAUAAAGUAUGGAAGAAGAUUGGGGUUUGGAACUCAAAUAGUGGCCUUAAUAUGACAGACAGCAAUAAAGACAGAUCUACCAAUAUUACUGAUUCGCUGGCGAACCGGACACUCAUAGUCACCACUAUUUUGGAAGAUCCCUAUGUCAUGUACAAGAAAUCUGACAAACCCCUUUAUGGAAAUGACCGAUUUGAGGGGUACUGCCUGGAUUUGUUGAAGGAGCUAUCAAAUAUUUUAGGCUUUAUUUAUGAAGUGAAAUUAGUGUCUGAUGGUAAAUACGGAGCCCAGAAUGACAAAGGAGAAUGGAAUGGGAUGGUCAAAGAACUCAUAGACCACAAAGCUGACCUGGCAGUUGCUCCUCUCACAAUUACCUAUGUAAGAGAGAAAGUAAUUGACUUUUCGAAGCCCUUCAUGACGUUAGGAAUCAGUAUUUUGUACCGGAAGCCCAACGGCACAAACCCUGGUGUUUUCUCCUUUCUAAACCCUCUUUCUCCUGAUAUUUGGAUGUAUGUCCUCCUAGCCUGCCUUGGAGUCAGUUGUGUUCUCUUUGUAAUUGCAAGGUUUACACCCUAUGAAUGGUAUAACCCCCACCCGUGCAACCCUGACUCAGAUGUUGUGGAAAACAAUUUUACUUUACUUAAUAGUUUCUGGUUUGGAGUUGGAGCUCUCAUGCAGCAAGGAUCAGAAUUGAUGCCAAAAGCUCUUUCUACCAGAAUAGUUGGAGGAAUAUGGUGGUUUUUCACAUUAAUCAUAAUCUCAUCCUACACUGCUAAUUUGGCUGCCUUCUUAACUGUUGAGAGAAUGGAGUCUCCUAUUGAUUCAGCAGAUGAUUUGGCAAAGCAAACCAAGAUAGAAUAUGGAGCUGUUAGAGAUGGAUCAACAAUGACCUUCUUCAAGAAAUCCAAAAUAUCGACAUAUGAGAAAAUGUGGGCAUUUAUGAGCAGCCGGCAGCAGACAGCACUGGUGAAGAACAACGAUGAGGGAAUCCAGCGAGUGCUGACCACUGACUAUGCCCUCCUGAUGGAAUCUACCAGUAUAGAAUAUGUCACUCAGAGAAACUGCAAUCUGACCCAGAUCGGUGGACUCAUUGAUUCCAAAGGUUAUGGUGUGGGGACUCCUAUUGGCUCUCCUUACCGAGACAAAAUCACCAUUGCCAUUCUUCAGUUACAAGAGGAAGGGAAACUGCACAUGAUGAAAGAAAAGUGGUGGCGAGGCAACGGCUGCCCAGAGGAGGACAGCAAAGAGGCUAGCGCCCUUGGUGUGGAGAACAUCGGGGGCAUCUUCAUAGUGCUCGCAGCAGGACUGGUUCUGUCUGUCUUUGUUGCAAUUGGGGAGUUCAUUUACAAAUCACGGAAAAACAGUGACAUUGAACAGGCGUUUUGUUUCUUUUAUGGACUGCAGUGCAAGCAAACUCAUCCAUCCAACUCCACUUCUGGAACUACUUUAUCUACGGAGUUAGACUGUGGCAAAUUAAUUCGUGAAGAGCGAGGGAUUCGAACACAACCCUCAAUUCACACUGUAUAGUUACAGUAAAGCAAAGUGUCUUUCUUUCAAUGCCAUAAUGGAGGAACUUGGAAUUUCACUCAAACACCAGAAGAAAUUAAAGAAAAGGUCAAGAACUAAAGGGCGGUCAUCAUUCACAAGUAUCCUUACCUGUCAUCAGAGGCGGACACUGAG